CCUUGCACGUUUGCUUUCCACGCGUAAUUAUAAGGAGAGAGGGACUGCGGAGAGAUUAUUGUCGAACACCUCAAGCUCCUACUACUAGGAUCUUCCAUUUCUGAACUUUUACACUGCCAAAGCUCAAGGAGAGCUUGCUUUGAGUGCAGCAGCUAUGGCGUUCAUGUUACUUCUUCUCACUGUUCUCUCGGCGGGACUUUUUGGUGCGGAAGCUGAGUAUAUAGCUUACAACACUACUGGGGGGAUUGUCCCUGGUAAAAUCAAUGUUCACUUGGUCCCUCAUUCGCACGAUGAUGUUGGUUGGUUAAAGACUGUUGAUCAGUACUAUGUGGGUGCUAACAACUCGAUCCGGGGGGCUUGUGUGCAGAAUGUGCUGGAUUCUAUGAUUUCAGCAUUGUUUGAGGAAAAGAAUCGAAAGUUCAUUUAUGUUGAGAUGGCAUUCUUCCAAAGAUGGUGGAGACAGCAAAGCGAGACAAUGAAAGCCAAAGUGAAGGAGCUUGUCAACUCGGGUCAGCUAGAAUUCGUAAAUGGAGGUAUGUGCAUGCAUGAUGAGGCAACUCCGCAUUACAUUGAUUUGAUUGAUCAGACAACUCUAGGGCAUAAGUUCAUCAAAGAUGAGUUUGGGCAGACUCCCAGAGUUGGUUGGCAGAUUGAUCCUUUUGGCCAUUCUGCUGUUCAAGCUUACUUGCUCGGUGCAGAGUUAGGAUUUGACUCUCUCUUUUUUGCUCGAAUUGAUUACCAAGACAGAGCGAAGAGAUUAGCUGAGAAGGCUCUCGAGGUUGUAUGGCAAGGUUCUAAGUCCCUCGGUUCAACUUCACAGAUAUUCACUGGUAUAACACCCAGGCAUUAUGAUCCUCCUGAUGGUUUCACAUUUGAAAUAAAUGAUGUUUCCCCUCCUAUUCAGGAUGAUGUUCUCCUGUUUGACUACAAUGUUCAAGAGCGUGUCAAUGACUUUGUGGCCGCUGCGUUGGCACAGGCUAAUGUUACCAGGACGAAUCACAUAAUGUGGAUGAUGGGGACAGAUUUUCGCUAUCAAUAUGCAAAUUCUUGGUUCAGACAGAUUGACAAGUUCAUCCACUAUGUCAAUAAGGAUGGUCGUGUAAAUGCCCUAUAUUCUACCCCAUCCAUCUAUACUGAUGCAAAAUAUGCAACCAAUGAAAAGUGGCCUCUCAAAACUGAAGAUUUCUUUCCGUAUGCAGAUCAUCCAAAUGCAUAUUGGACUGGUUAUUUUACAAGUAGGCCAGCCUUUAAAGGAUAUGUCAGGUCUAUGAGCAGUUACUAUCUUGCUGCAAGGCAAUUAGAAUAUCUUAAAGGCCGAAGUGGUUCAGACCCAAAGAUGAAUGUGUUAGCUGAUGCAUUAGCAAUUGCCCAACAUCAUGAUGCAGUUAGUGGUACAGAAAGACAGCAUGUUGCUGAUGAUUAUGCAUUGAGACUGUCCUUAGGCUAUGUGGAGGCUGAGAAGUUGGUUGCCUCCUCGUUAUCUUUCUUGACGGAGUCAAGAUCAAGUGAGGGAAAGGGGAACCCAGUCACUACCUUUUUGCAGUGUCCGCUUCUGAAUAUUAGUUACUGUUCGCCAUCAGAAGAAAUCUUGUCUGGCAGUAAAAGCCUGGUCAUUGUCAUUUACAAUCCUCUGGGAUGGAAGCGAGAGGAAGUUAUACGAAUUCCAAUUUCCACUGAAAAAGUUGUUGUUCAAGAUUCUGGCGGGAGACUAAUCGAGUCUCAGCUUCUCCCUCCGUCAAAUGCUACUUUGAGAUUAAGAAAUAAAUAUGUGAAGGGGCAUCUGGGCAAAUCCCCAGGUGAAACACUUAAGUAUUGGCUUGCAUUUUCAGCAUCUAUACCACCACUAGGUUUCAGCACUUACAUUGUCUCAAGUCCAAAACAGACAGAUUUAGGUGACAGUCAUAGUGCUACCAUCUCAAUGAUUCAUACCUCAGAAGGAAGCACAAAUGAUACCAUUGAAGUUGGUCAAGGAAGUUUAAGACUAAUUUAUUCUGCUAAUGAAGGAAAACUUACUCAUUAUAGAAAUAUCAGAAGCCUGGUUAACACCCUUGCUGAACAAUCGUACGGUUACUAUUCUGGAAAUGAUGGAACUGAUAAUGAUCCCCAGGCAUCAGGUGCAUAUGUUUUUCGUCCAAACAAUACAUAUCGUAUAAAACCACAAAGCCAGGUUCCUUUAACUGUCAUGCGGGGUCCAUUAGUGGAUGAAGUACAUCAACAGCUCAAUCCAUGGAUAUCUCAGAUUACAAGGAUCUACAAGGGGAAGGAGCAUGCUGAAAUUGAAUUCACAAUAGGGCCUAUACCAGCGGAUGAUGAACUUGGAAAGGAAAUUACAACUCAGAUUAUGACAACCUUGAACACGAACAGAACAUUCUACACCGACUCAAACGGACGUGACUUCAUUAAACGGAUACGAGAUUUCAGGAAAGACUGGGAGCUCCAAGUGAACCAACCAAUCGCUGGGAAUUAUUACCCUAUCAAUCUUGGAAUAUAUGUGCAAGACAAUAGCACAGAGCUUUCUGUUUUGGUGGACCGCUCUGUGGGAGGUUCUAGCUUAGUGGAUGGUCAAAUUGAACUGAUGCUCCAUAGGAGGUUACUUCAUGAUGAUAAGAGAGGUGUUGGAGAGGUAUUAAAUGAAACAGUUUGCUUCGACAAUGGAUGCGAAGGUUUAACUAUCCAAGGAAAAUUUUUUCUGAGGAUAGAUCGUCUUGGCGAAGGUUCCAAGUGGCGUCGAACGGCUGGUCAAGAGAUAUAUUCUCCGGUUCUCUUAGCGUUCACAGAACAGGAUGGAAAUAAUUGGAUGGAUUCCCAUGUACCGGCCUUUUCAGGGUUUGAUCCAUCAUAUUCUUUACCUGAUAAUGUUGCUCUGAUAGCCCUCCAGGAACUUGAGGAUGGAAAAGUUCUCCUUCGGUUAGCUCAUCUGUAUGAGACCGGAGAGGACAAGGACUAUUCUGCAAUGGCUAGUGUGGAGUUGAAAAAGCUGUUCCCAAACAAGAAGAUAAGUAAGGUAACAGAGAUGAGUCUGUCUGCCAAUCAAGAACGAGCAGAGAUGGAGAAGAAGCGGUUAGUGUGGAAGGUAGAAGGGUCGACAGACGAAUCCUCUGUGAAGAGGGGAGGACCAGUUGAUCCUGCAAUGUUGGUAGUGGAACUUGCUCCAAUGGAAAUCCGCACUUUCCAUGUCGACCUCGACAAUCUUCUCAUGCCUGGUUCCGGGGAACCGACGUGGCUCUGACCUCAACCUGCUCUGUUGUAUGUAUUUUAGCUACCUGAGUACGAAAUGGGAAAUGCUGUACAAUGAACACCUUAAUAAUAAAACUGUAUUUGUAACUGAUGUUAUCUGACCCUGGGAUGUCAGCUCUUCAAUCUUAAGUGGCACCAAGUUAUAAACUCGA